AUGGCUCCUCCUCAUACUUCAGGAACCAAGGAUGACCAGGAUAAGUCAUCAAAUAGAAAAGGCGCUAGCAUUAGAAACAAGGAUGCUAGCAGGGUAAACAAGCCUUCGGUACGUAAGACAAGAGCAUCAGGUCAAAUGGCAUCUGGAUCAAAAAACUCAAAGUCGAACACAACUCCUGCCCCACGUGCCAAGUCAUCGAGACUUUCCGAAGGUCCUGCGUCUGAGAUAUCACAAGACGAUAACGUCCAAGGUGAGUCUUCUACGCGAACCUUAAUUCCACGUGCUGCUACGCGACAGCUCAUCCCACCCCCCGUCCACUCAAACGAAGGGAAUUACGUCGAAUCUCCUCAGCUGACCAGAUUCUCUGAAGAUUCACCAGUAGCUCAAAAUCUUCGCAUGAGAGAGUGGGACCUCGACGGUGGACGCAACUUGACACCCACAGAGCAACGACAACACAAGGUUUACAAAGCCGAUCGUGCCAGAACAUUGAGGGACGAAAAAAUUAGUGGGCGUCGGACAGCUGUUCAUACACAGCCAGAGCCAAUCCACAAUACUCUGCACGCCAUCCAAGCUAGGAGACAAAAGAGACCCGGCCCACAACCACUGUCUGCAGCCAUUAUGACUUCUUUGGCUGCUGAAAAAGCCAAAUUCAAGGAAGAAGAAUUGGCGGCCAAGCGUGACUACAUAAAGAAACACAGUGGUGGGGGUUGGGGCAUUGAAGACUAUGAGGAAGUAAGUCUUCGUGGUGGACGUCCUGAAAAGGGUGCUUUAACCCCCACCAGCAGCCCAGUCUUGUCUUCUCAGUCUAGAACUGAUUCUGAAUCAACCGUAUCUGGUGAUUCUCCCAUCGAAGCCACGGGGCCUGUUGAGGCCGCACAUUCCCGUUUGGCUUCUCAGCCUCCAUCGGAACAUGGUGAUGCACCUGUCGACUCCGACGACUCAGUCAUGAGUGCUGCUGCCGAGUCGGUCACGUCACCAAGGUCCCAUUUACUCCCGACAGCGGGAAGCUUGGGAAAUGGUAAAGGAAAGGCUGUGGCUAUAGAUGAAGACGAAGAGUCUUCUGAAGAGUCAACUGAGGAUCCUACUAGCGAUGAUAACAUCGCAGAUCGUUAUCGAAGUGCGACCCACACCUAUGGUCAACCUAAUAUGGCUUCGAGCAGUCAUGGGCCCAUCGAAAGAGAAGCCAAGAAGAUGCCUCCGGGUCAUGUUGCCAUCGGCGAAGAAACUCACAGCCGAGAUCAGAUUCUGGUUGGGGCUCCACAGCCAGAAGCUUUAAUCAUCACGAUCCGAACCGAAAAGCGCGAUGAACAUGAUGUGGUAACUGCUCGAGCUUUGGUUACCCAUAAAUAUACAAAAGGAAUAAACUGGUCCGACGCAAGAGACGUGAAGUUUCUCAACAAGUGGCGAAGCCAGAUUCUAGUUCGAGCCUUUAAGGCAAAGCAUGAACGAAGAUGGAAAUACACCCUCAGUGAGAUGAACGCUUUGUGCCACUUCCUUGAAAUCCAGCUCGCUGCACCUGGAGUGGAUGGUCUAAUGACCAAUGUUGAUUGGGCAGAGGUCACAACCAACUACAACAAUCACUUUCAGGGAAAGAGACAAUAUGCUGGCGAAUUGUAUGCCAGCGCUUCUUACACUGGUGAUGAUGGUAGAAAGACAUCUGCCGCCGGUCAACCAAUGAAGGCUGAUCGUGAUGCCCCAUUUCGAUCUGAGAUAGCUUUGAAGAAUCAAAUCUAUCACUUCAGAGACCAACGAGCAGUCGACCUUGUCAGAAACUCGAAAGGUGCAAGACCGUCGGAUGGACCUCGGAAGCCCGCGGGUGAUGAACCACAGGAUGAUACUGAGAAUAUUCCCUCAGUCUUGCCUAGUGAAAGGUCUUCCCCCAGUUCCAAGGGAUCGCUCAAAAAGCUGAUCUUUAAGUUUGGGAACGGUAGCAAGGUGACUCUCGAGAACAAGAAGAGAGCCAACACUGAAGACGGUACAGAUGAAGAGAUGUGCCCACCGAACAAGAAGACAAAGGUGAGUGGGCCUUCUCAUCUCCGUGGGGGCAGCGGUGACAUCUGGGAAGGCUCCGAAUCGAACUUCGACUACAGCGAAGAUAGUGCACCACCGACUCACUACCAUGAUCGCGAGCUACGUUCUGAUUCUCCCUUUCGACAAGGCUUCCCUUCUCGAACUGCACGAGCCUUUUCCGAUGCUCAACGUGUCUUGGGCCAAGGCAGGGCAGCACAUGGUGUCAAUAACCAACCCAUGAUCGCUCAGUCUACCUCUGGAUCUAGAAGCCAGCAGUGCUCGAGAGAAAUUGAGGAGAACUAUGAUGAUGAUAGUGACGAUGAAGGCACAUCAUCCUCAUAUAAGGUCAAUGUGAAUCCAUGCCUUCCUCAAGAGGUUCAAUUUCCGCCUGUAUAUUCACAGGCUCGCCACCCACUUCCCGCAGUUCGACAUCCCCUCGUAGAUGCACAGGGUAUUCGUCGUCGAUCCAGACAUCGGCGUCCACUCAAUGUUGACGCACCACAGCGUCACCUCCUUCCCAAUGGAGCAUUUUUGCCGGCUCAACAUGGCUUGCCACAGAUAGCUCCAACUUCAAACAGCAAGAAGAGAGUAAGGGAUGAUGGCACUGCCGGUAUAGGCAACAACAACCAACAAGUCCCAUCGAAGAGACCAAGACUGCACGAUCAAGAUCAAGAUCAAGAAGACGAUCAAGACGAAUAUGAAGAUCAAGAUGAGCAUCGAGACCAACACAGCGAUCAACAAGAACCAAUUGCAGAAGGUCCGAACCAGAUUUUCUUCGCUCCAUUCCCACACAAUUCUAGUGUGGCCAAUCGGGAAGCUGCUCUUCGAUUACGAUUGCGAGCUUCAGUGAGAGGACCACAAGUAGUCACCAGGACACUCAGGCAAACCGGGCCUCGCCUUCCAACUCUGGAUGAUUAUUUCGCUGAAGAGUGA